AUGGCCGGAGGAGAUGACUUGAAGCUGCUCGGCGCUUGGGCGAGUCCAUUUGUCGCCAGGGUGAAGCUUGCGCUGAGCUUCAAGGGCCUGAGCUUCGAGGAUGUCGAGGAGGACCUCAGCAACAAGAGCGAGCUCCUCCUCAGCUCGAACCCGGUGCACAAGAAGGUGCCCGUGCUCGUCCACAACGGGAAACCCAUUUGCGAGUCAAUGAUCAUCGUUCAGUACAUCGAUGAGGCGUUCCUUGUCGGCCCCUCUCUUCUUCCCUCUGACCCCUACGAACGUGCAAUUGCCCGUUUUUGGGCCGCCUACAUUGACGAUAAGCUCGUGACCCCAUGGGUACAGUCGUUGAGGGCCAAGACAGAGGAGGAGAAGUCUGAGGGGGUUAAGCAGACAUUUGCCGCGGUGGAAACACUGGAAGGAGCCCUGAGGGAGUGCUCCAAGGGAGAGGGCUACUUUGGUGGUGAGACCGUCGGGCUUGUGGACAUUUCACUUGGGAGCCUGCUCUCCUGGUUGAUUGCGACAGAAGUGAUGUCUGGAACCAAGAUCUUUGAUCCUGUUAAGACUCCACUCCUGGCAGCGUGGAUGGGGCGCUUUAGCGAGCUCGACGCUGCCAAGGCGGCGUUGCCAGAAGUUGAUAGGGUGGUCGAAUUUGCCAAGAAGAGACAGGCACAGGCUGAUGCCGCCGCCGCUGCUUCGGAGACCAAGGAAAAUUAG